UUAUUUUCCACUUAUAUAAACCCCUUACCUCUUCCACUUCAAUUUUUCAUCUCCCUUCUUCUCAGAAAAAUCAAUGGCAGUAGUUCGGAAUCGACGCCCUUUCAACCUCCGUCUUCCUCUCCCCGAGACUUUUGACCGCCGUCCCUGCUUCAACCCUCCACUUCCUCCAACUGCAACCACCACUGCUUCCUCUGGUUCCGGCACGGCCGUAGCCUACUCCGAUCUUGAAAAGAUCAACGUUCUCGGCCAUGGAAAUGGUGGAACCGUCUACAAGGUUCGGCAUAAGCGUACUUCUAAACUCUACGCUCUCAAAGUUGUCCAUGCCGACACUGAUUCAACGAUUCGCCGCCAGAUUUUUAGAGAAAUGGAAAUCCUUCGUCGUACCGAUUCGCCUCAUAUUGUUCGUUGCUAUGGAAUCUUCGAGAAGCCUUCCGGCGAUGUCGAGAUUCUCAUGGAAUACAUGGGCGCGGGCUCCCUCGAUACUCUUCUUCACGCCAAGGGUACGUUCUCCGAGGACCAAUUGGCACGAGUGGCUCGUCAAAUCCUUAAAGGCUUAAGUUAUUUGCACGCUCUUAAGAUCGUGCAUCGAGACAUCAAGCCCUCGAAUCUGUUGGUGAACGCGAACAUGGAAGUGAAGAUUGCAGACUUCGGCGUCAGCAAAAUCAUGUGCCGCUCGCUCGAUUCCUGUAACUCCUAUGUGGGUACCUGUGCUUACAUGAGUCCGGAAAGGUUCGAUCCCGACAGUUGUGGCGGAAACUAUAACGUGUACGCCGGAGACAUUUGGAGUUUGGGACUGACGUUACUGGAGCUCUACGUGGGUCACUUCCCCUUCCUUCCGGCGGGUCAAAGACCCGAUUGGGCGACGUUGAUGUGCGCAAUCUGUUUCGGAGACCGACCCAGUCUGCCGGAUGGUUCGUCGGAGGAUUUCCGAAGUUUCAUCGAGUGUUGUUUGCAGAAAGAAUCGUCGAAGAGGUGGACGGCGUCGCAGCUCUUGACCCAUCCGUUUCUGAGUAAAUAUCCAGCUUCGGAAUCUUGAACCCGAAAGAAGAUCCAAAUAUCCAAUUUUCGAAAAGUUUCCGGAUAUCGGGUGGAUCCCAUUAAUAGGUUAAUUCGGUUCUUUUUUGUAUAUUCGGGUUGGAUAAUUAGCAAUCCUCGUGUACAUUCUCAUUGAGGCAAUUAAUUUUUUUUAUUAAAUUUC